UACACAAUGCGUUUUUGACCCAGGUGGCCUUCCAUAUUCCAUAGCAAACUCUGGGAAGGCGUUACUAAAGCAGCUGCGUGUGACGUCAAACGGAGAGCAGCAAGCGCAGCUUGCUUUGGCAUACGAGAACGCACCCAUUGGCUUACUGGAUUGUCAGACAAGAAAGCAGGGGGAGUGUUACACUAUACCUGCCAGACAAACUACACAUUUUCCCCAAUGACACGCCAAGUAUACAGGUUUUAAUGAAAUGCAGCAGAAGUUAUAUGAAAGGAAGGAGACACUUUGCAAUGAGUCACUGGAAAAGAGCUGUGCCCGCAAGCGGUUGCCAUUCCGCUGCCCACGAUGUGGAGAGCAGAAGCGGUUCAGAAGCCUGUCAUCUUUGAGGGCACACUUGGAGUACAGCCAUACCUAUGAAACCAUGCACAACAUCACCAACUACAGUCUAGCGUCUGCAUGUAAACCACUCGACUACCUGCUGGAGAAAACCAUAAACACCAGCAGCACUGAAAACUGCAAAAAAUGCUCUCCACUUCAGUUUCAAGACCUGGCGGACAAAAAGUUCAAGGAUACAGAAAGGGACAAACCACAGACCCUCGCGUGUAAGAGACCGCCUGAGCGCCUCAAAACUGGAUCAUGCAGGUUGGUGCCUGCAGGCAGCCAAUCGGCUUUGACAAUCCCAGUUGAGAGCCGUGUGCGGGAAAGGCUUGAUGAGAUGAUGAAGGCGGCGGAGUGCACAGUAGAGAAGAGGCUGGAGAAGGUGACCAGCGAGUUGGCGCAGAAGAACAUGGAGCUGGUGAAUACCCGGGCUGAGUUUGUGCACCUGUCUCGGGAGAAGAGGGAGGUCCUGGCGCGAGAGAGGGCCCUGAGCAAGCAGGUGGACACAGCCGUCGAGGUAAUCGCGGCUCUACGGCAGCAGCUUACCGAGUCUGAACAAGAGCUGGAGAGGAAGGAACGGGAAGUAAUCAGUAUUCACCACUUUCUGGAGGCCACGGUUCAGCGUGAAGUCUGUGGGAAAGCCCGGCUUCAGCACUUUAUAGAGAACCUUUUACAGAGGAUAGCCCUGGCUGAGAGGCAUCUAGCAUACUAUCAAAGAGCUUCCAGACACCGCGAAUGUAAAAAACACACUGUUAACCAAACUGUUGCAAACCGUGAACACAAAAUUGCCAAAGCCAGAUCACCAGAGGGUCAGCCAGCAUUAGCCACCAUUCCUGAGAUGAAAAUGCAUUCCGCUCAGAAGGGAAGGGCUUGCCUGAAAUCCUCAAAGGACAGACUGGGUUCCAGACAAUUCAGCAGCUCUUCAGGGGGAACCCCACAGAUAAACUUUUUAUUGAACUCCUCACCCAGGCCCUGCAGGAGCUCCUGGAAGAGAUGGAAGAGUGGUCCUUGCCUAACACACUCGCUGUACAUGUGGAACACUGUCUCCUCUGCACAGCAGAAACAGCACUCUGAGCUAUUACUGGAAUCAACUCUGGAGAAACCUGCUGGUGGACACAGUACAGUGCAGGAUCCUCCACUACAGGUCUCCUGCUCUCUUGGUGAGAGGCAGUUUAUACAGCACCCUCCAUACUGGCCUGUGCCCCUCCUCUACCUCCAGACAUGCCCUCUACCUUGAAUCUACCAACCCUCUCAACUGGUGAAAAUGUGAUAUCUUCACACACAACUGAUUCUCUCACUCCCUGUUGUGUGAGGAGUUAAGUCUUUAACUGUGUUAAGGUUGAGUAGCGUUCCCUUAUUCCCUCCAUCCCCCUCUCCUUCACCUACUGCUAGACACACUAGCAACCCUGGAAAGAUGAAGUCUUGUCUCUGCCCUGUGCCGAUGGACAUCUCCCUCAAGUCCUCCCUGAGCUCGGGGGAGAGAGAGCUUCUCAGCUCACUAACCAUUUUCUCUGCCAGCCUCUAAGAGUGCCAGCUGUGUAGCAGUCAACCAGCAGAAGAGGUCAAGAUUGAUCAAAUGGCUCAGCCUGGUCACUCCUGCCCUCACAAAACCAGCACAGAGCGUCAUUGACUGAAAGAAACGUGCAGGGAAGAGCGGAUUGAAGAAUAGGGGCUCCUCCAACAGGACCCUGCCUGUUGGAGACCCCUCAUCUCUCACCAUCCUCACUGCCCUCCAGGCAUCUAAAACACAAGUAAAAACAAGGGAGACCUAUUUUAGCUAAUCCAAUACUCUCAAUUAAAAACAGGUGUUUGCCUAUCCGCAGCCCCCCUACUCUGGCUCCCCCCAAGCCUACCCCUCAGUAGAUGUAGCUGGGGCUCUGUGGCCAGUGAAUAAAGCAUUCCAGACGGAGCAGCCCUGCCUAGUAGCCCUGCACACUGGGAAGAGUUGACUCGGCCCAUUGUUGAUCUUUAAAAUGCUAAAAACAUUUAAGUAUAAAAGCU